GGGCGGUUGGUUGGCGCGCCAGUAAGAGAAGAGGCGAGGAAGGGAAAGGAGGGAAGGGGCUGCCAUGGCGCGGGUGUCGGUCUUGGGAGUCUCGUUGCUGGAGAACCCCAGCCCCUUCGGCCACCCGCUCCGCUUCCAAGUGCAGUUCGAGUGCGGAGAGGCGCUGCCUCACGACUUGGAAUGGAAGAUCAUCUACGUGGGUUCUGCAGAGAGUGAGGAAUAUGACCAAGUUCUUGACUCCGUGCUGGUGGGACCCGUUCCAGCUGGGAGACAUAUGUUUUUGUUUGAAGCCAAUGCCCCCAAGCCUGAUUUGAUCCCUGAGAGUGAUGCUGUGGGAGUUACAGUGAUACUUAUCACUUGCACUUACCUAGGACAGGAAUUCAUCCGUAUUGGAUAUUAUGUUAACAAUGAAUACAUGGAUCCUGAGCUAAGAGAGAACCCACCCAUCAAGCCAGACUUUUCCCAGCUGCAGAGGAAUAUCCUGGCCUCCAAUCCCCGAGUCACCCGUUUCCACAUCAAUUGGGAUAGUCCUAGAGACCAGAUGGACAAUAUUGAAAAUGUAGACCCAGAGCCUGAUGGUUUCCUGCCACCCAACUGUGCAUAUAUGAAAGGGUUGGUCUCUUCAGUGGCUCUUCAGCCUGAGAAUUCUAUGGACUGUAUGUGACCCAAGUGUAAAGAUCUAGGAACCCUACAUAGAGAAGGCCAAUUGAAAAGUUUGUGUGAUAAAUGUGGGAAGGAUUUGCAGACAUGUGGCCAGUGGAGAUGAAUGAAGUUCUAAGUAAUAUGUCUCUAUAGACGGACAUUUCAGAGCUCAUUUCCUAUUGGGAUUGUGACAGAUCUUCCUUGCUGACUAUAGGUCUGUAGUUCUGCCAUACUAUUUCUUGAUGAGGAUUUGGAUUUGGCAGGCAUCGAAUCCAGCUGACUGAAUAAACAAGAAUUUGUUGCUAUAUUUUCUGAAGUCCGGAGCAGUGUGGGCUGCCUUUUACUCUCAGCACCCAUUUUCUGAGAAUUGUGAGCACUUUCAUUUUAGGACAGUUUCAGUCUCUUUCUCUUCUUUCCAUCUUCUCAUUCCAUUCCAACAAAGCUAAGCCCUGAGGAGUUGCUGCUGCCACGUAGCUAAUUCUUCUCAGGAGUUGUACCAGUUCUGCAGCAAUUCUGCAGUUGUGCUUAGCAUCAGAGGUGUACGAAGAUGAGAAAGAAGCAAUAAUAGGAUGAUUACUGCACGAUACCUGUAAUACUCCUUUUGAGAACUCCUGUUUUGCCUUGCACCAACUGCCCUUUCUACCAAUAUCCCAAAAGGCGCCCUCAACAAACCCAGAGUCAUAUCUGCAUUAUUGAGGGUUUUCCCUUUCCUGCCUCAUGUCCUGCUUCCUUAUUUUCAGAGCAUACAGUGCCUUGGUACUUGGCCUGUCUGUUUCUCUCACUGGUAUUAUAGUGAUGUAUGCUAGAUAUUUGUUCACAUUGUGGAAUGGAUGUCCAACCAAUAAAACAUUUGG